UUGUUAUUUUUCUAAAAAUUAAUAUUUUAUUUUUAUUUUCAAUUUUCAAUGCUUUUACCCAGUUUUUACCGUUUUUUGCCAACUGUAUUGUUAAAUUACUUAUCACUAGAAUCGUACGGUUUUGAAUUUAAGUUAUAAUCCAGAGAAAAUUGUGAUUUUAUGUAUAUUUUUUAAAAAUAUUAGGUAUUCUCCAUUAGUAUGGGGAAACACGAAGAAUGGAGGAAACUUGCAAAGAAAUUAAGGCGAAAAAAAAUACGACAAAUUCGAGCAAAAGAACGAGAUCUUAAAUUAGAGGAAGAUCAACGAAAGUUAAUAGAUUCUCCACAUUAUCAGCAAUGGAUUCAACAACAGGAAAUUAUUGAGCAAGAGAAAGAGGAAGAAGAAUUAAGACAAUCAGCUCUAAACGAUUUACAUUGGAGAAAAGUUGAAAAAGAAGCUCAAAAGCAAUGGCAAGAAUUACAGAAAAAACUGGCUCUGGCUCGCGAAGAAAAGAUGAAACAAAACAUAAAAAUAAGAAUGGAAUGGGAGAGAGAACAAGAAAAACUGAAAGAGUUAAAAAUUGCAAAAGAAAAACAACUGGAGUUGAAACGUAUCCAACAGGAAGAACGUGAAAAAUUAUUACUGGACUUCUUGGAACAUGGUGGUGAAACUCCGGAACACUUGAAAGCUCCUCUGGAAACUAAUCCCGGAAAGCAAAUAUGUCCUUUCUUUGAGAAAGUUUCCGCUUGUAGAUUUUUCGAUAGCUGUUCAAGAAAUCAUGUACGACCUGGAAUUAGUAAAACCAUUUUAAUAACUAAUUUUUUUACAGACAUCAGUUUAGAAGCCAAAGAAAACGAACAUGGAAGUGAUUCAAGUUUGGAAUUUGAAAGAGAGGAUACUUACGCCCAUUAUAGAGAUUUCUUUUUUGAUGUAGUACCGGAAUUAGAAAAAUGCGGAAAAAUAAGGAACUUUUACACUUGCUGUAAUCAUGAGAGUCAUUUAAGAGGGAAUGUAUAUGUAGAAUAUUAUACUACAAGAGAUGCCUUAGUUAGUUAUCAUAAAUUUAACGGAAGAUGGUAUGCUGGUAGGCAAUUAAAUGUUAAUUUUUCCAAAAUUAAUAGUUGGAAGGUUGCAAUUUGUGGUUUGUUUUUCCAAAGGAAGUGUCCUAAGGGAAAUUCUUGCAAUUUUUUACAUAUAUUUAAUAAUCCGAAAAAUCUUUAUAAUCACCAAGAAGAAGAAAGAUACAGAUACACGAAGUCAAGGCACAAGAAAAAUAGUUUUGAAUUUGAAAAGGACGAUUUUGAAAGUUGGGAUUCCCAUUCGGAGAGAAGAAAUUGGAGAUGGUCUGAGUCUCCUGAACACACUCCAAGAACCGAAUUAGGAAAAUCUUCCGAUUCCAGUCAUGUUUCUAGACGUAAAAGUCGAACUUCCAAGAGAAGAAAACAUGAAAAUUAUGAAGACACUAAAAAUAAACAUAAGACGAGAAAACGAUCUAGAUCAAGAAGCAGAAGAUCAGAACGAGAUAAAUCCAAACGUAGAAAGGAUUCUUACAGAAAAAGUCGUUAAUUCUUUAUAUGAAUUUUAUUGCUGUUAUGCCAUAGGCGUGCCUGUGUGAAAUAUAAGGUAAAAUAAAUUAAGAAAAAAAAAUAGAAAUUUGAGGAAAUUUUAAAUUUCAAGGAUUUCAAGGGUAGGUAGUAAAAUAAACCAAAUUAGUACAUAAAAUAUAAUUGUUUUAUUUGUAUAUACGUAUUUCCUAUAGCAUAUAUUAAUAUAUUCUCUUACGGAUUGUGCUUUGAGCACACUUGUCAAGUCCCAAUAAUAAUAAUAUAUCAUACAUAUAAGAUUUACCAGAUUUACCGUUAUAUCAUUUUUUUUUCUAGGUUUUUUUUCAAAAUAUUUCUAUUAUACAAUAAUAAUAAUAAGUAUAUAUAUUUAUAUAUAUUUUUCUUACGAAUUAUAUAAUAUUCAAAUAUUUUAUAGGUACAUAUGUUCCAGCCACUUAAACAUACACAAUUAAUUUAAAUUCAUUUUUAAUAUAUAUUUAUAAUAAUUUAAGACCGUCAACCACACGUAUAUUUAUAGAGAAUAAUGUACAGUAUGACUGGAAUAAUAACAACACACGAUACAGGGUGUUUUACUACGAAAAAAUAAUAUUAAAAAAUCUCCAUAGACAAAACUUGACUUUUAACGAAAAAUUUUGAUUAUAUGACACAAUAAUUGAAUUUUUACUAUAAAAUUUGUUUAAUUUUUCAUAUAUUUGUACAUCUAAUGGAAUUUCUUUACAAAUAUCUAUCUAUAUAUGUAUUAAAAAAGGAACAUUAUUUUUUUAAAAAUAUAAUUUCAUAAAUUUUUUUUCGUCUAGGUUCCUAAAAAUUGACUUAAACACUAAAUAUCUGGAAGAAAUAAAGCGUAUCCUCUAAUCCAUUUUGUCAAAAAACACUCUAUACAGCAAACAUCACAUCAUUUUAGCACCACUCAUUUAAAAUACAGACACAUAUAAUAUAUAAAAAAAUACCAAAAACAUUUAAUAAUGUCUCUUGGUUUUAUAUAGAAAUUUUUAAAAAAGAAAAAUGUAUGAUUAGAUUAGAGCUCUAAUCUAACGAUACAUUUGGUUAUUGUACAACUAAGGACAUUUAUUAUUGUUCCUUAGUAUAUCAAGCCCUGUUUAGUAAUACUUUUUUGUAUAUAUUGUUUGUAAUAUUUAUUCCGUUUUAACGUUGGCCAAUGAAGCGAACAUAAUAUGAUUAAAAAAAUAUAUAUUCUACAUUAACUUUGAAUAGAUUUAUAUAUAAAUAGAAUAUAAUAUGAAUUCAUAAAGGCAUAUAUACUCUUAAGGACUUCUAAACUAUACUUACACCUUUGUAUAAAGUAGUAAAUGCAUUCAACAAAAAUAUAAAAAAAAUAAAAAAAAAACAAUACAUUAUUGCACAUAUAGAUAACAACUACGGGAACAAAAAUCGUAAAUAUAUAGAGAGGGGUUAUUUUUGAAAGUUAAUAACACGUGAACAAGUAGGGUACCAUCACUGUAUAGUAUACUGUAAUACUAGUGCGAAGCUUUUUAACUUGGAAAAACAUUUUUCAUUAUUAUUUUAUAAAUUUACUUUGAAUAAUUCAUACACCAGCUUCUCUCGUGCGGUAUAUUUCAAUCAAAAAUAUUGUUCAGUUUGGAAACUAUAGAGAAAUCAAUAGAAGUUGACGUGCACUUCAUCAAAAACUAUUACCAAAUUAAAUUUAUAAUCAAU